CACACAGAUUCUCUUGAAAGAGCAUCAUUUUGUUGGAGUUUGGAAUUUUUGAUCAGCUGUCUAACGAACUCGUUCCAAGUACUAAGGCAAUAUGAAGCAAAAGAUAGUCUUGAAGGUUCAGAUGAAUUGCCAGAAAUGCAGAACCAAGGCAAUGGAGAUAGCUGCGUCUACAGAAGGUGUGAUCUCGGUGACAAUAGAUGCGGAGAAAGAACAGGUCGUGGUGGUUGGAGAGGGAGUUGAUUCCAUUGUUCUGACGAGCCAGUUGAGGAAGAAGGUGGGCUACACAGAUCUUAUCAGUGUAGAAGAGGUGAAGCCAGAGGAGAAAAAGGAAGAGCCCAAAAAGCCGGAGCCCGAAAAGAACCCACCUCCAUGUAUACCGUAUUGCCAUCCGUAUCCACAUCCGUGUCCACAGUUCGUUGCAUAUGAGACUGUUUACGACCCAAACCCUAGUAUUUGUUCUAUCAUGUGAAAGUAUUUGUACGCGGUUGCCCAUUUACACUCCACCCCAUGUCGAAAUAAAUGAACUCUGAGAUCUAAGCUAUCCAUUAGAUGGGCCCCACCACGUACGUACCCUAGAGUAAAAAUGGGGUUUGUCCAUUAAUCAGUUGAGCUACAGUUUGAGAAAGCCUUUCUGAGCAAAUCUUUAGUUUCUAGUAACAUGGACAACUUGAUUAUAGAUUGGCCUGAUUUCUAAGCCAGGGAAUCAUCAUAGUGGGACCCACCUGAAUGAGGGUAUGGAUCUCUUGUGCAUCCAUGUGAACCUUCAAGUUGUACUAGGAGAAUGUAUUCAUGUUUCAAGUAGAA